AAAGUGCUAGAAGUAACUAGCACCGUAUUUUCAAGUUCUUCAGUUGCUUCUCUUAUUCACAAUUCUUUAUCAUCACACAAUCAAUUCCAUUCGGACCCAAUUGUGAUGAAAAGUUUCUAAACCCAACCAUUUCAUUAGAAAUGAAAUAGUAAUAGUUCUUUCUGUAAGAAUUUAGAAUCAAAGUGACAGAGACAAAGAAUAAUAGUAAUAGUAAUAUUAUUGAAAAUAAAGAGUAAAGAAAGAAAAGAUCAUAAGAUGGAUUCGGAAAUGAUGGAAGCGGAAGCAUCAUUAUCAUCAUCGCAGCCGCACGUAUUCAGUUCCGGCCAAAACGACGUCGUUCGAGAUUUGCUCACAUUGGCUCGCCAACUCAUCACUCAAGGCAAACCUUCCGAGGCCCUCCAAGCUGUUGUUGCAGCAAUGAGGACUAGAGGUGGUGAUGAAGCUGUUUUUCAGUCCCUGCAUCGCGCUCGAGAGGUGUACAGAAGUAAACUGCAAGAGAAUGCUACAGUUGAUAAACUGGCUUCUUUGUUUGCUGAGUGUGCUAUUGCUGAAGCUCAACCUUCAGUGACUGAAGCACCUGCUAAUAACAGGACCAGCCCAUCAAUUACUCCAAACCCAGAUGCUAAUGGGACUUCCAUACUGGCAGAAAGUGGGAGGAUGCAAGUAGUGUUGGAUGCAGUUUCUGAUGGAAGCAGCUUCAUCUGUUUGAAAUGUGGAGGCCUUGUUAGUAACCAUCGCAAAGAUGAGCAUUAUGCAUACUGGUGUUGUUGAUCUCUUGAUCCUGUGGCAGUUUAAGGUUGGUUACCCAUGUUGAUGCAACUUUUUAUGUGCAUCUUUAAGAUGGAACCGGUGGAAUGAGCGAACUUCUGAGUUCUGAAUGCCUGAAACUUUAUCUUUGGAAAAGUCAUGCUGCUGUCAUAGUGGAGUGAAUUGCCGAACUUUUGUCCUUUGAAGACUUCAGUGCUGUAAACCAUACCAUACAGAGUUGGUCUUGAGUAAACUUGGGAUGUCUAUGUUGACUCCAAUGUGUUUACUAUUACCUUAUGUAAUCUUUACUAAAUAUUUUUUCCGUUCACUUAGUUGUAUGUUCGAGUAAUAAUAGCAAAAAUAAUACUACUUUAUGUUCAA